CAUCCACCGCGAACAUUUUCGGCCUGGAGGUUUGCUACGACGGUGUUAUCGGAUAUUUGGAUCUGCAAUCUCAUCGUUUUCGCAUCGACACGGACGAUUUCGUAUCAAAAUUCUAUUGAAUUUCCAGAUUAAUUCGGAAUCACUGAGUCGGAGGUUUUGGUUUAAGAUCUUUCGCGGUUUCCACCGCCAUGGCUGCUCCGUUUUUCUCUACUCCAUUUCAGCCUUAUGUCUAUCAGAGCCAAGAAGAGACAAUUACACCUUUCCAGAUUCUGGGUGGUGAAGCACAGGUUGUUCAGAUAAUGUUGAAACCACAGGAGAAGGUCAUUGCUAAGCCUGAUAUGGUGCUGUAGGUUCAGUGUGCUACAUGUCUGGCUCCAUUGAGAUGGAGAAUACUUAUACCCCUGAACAAGAAGUUGGAGUUGUACAGUGGAUUUUAGGCAAGAGUGUUAGCAGUGUAGUUCUUCGUAACACUGGGCAAAGCGAUGGAUUUGUCGGUAUCGCUGCACCUUCUUUGGCAAGGAUACUCCCAGUUGAUUUGGCAAUGUUUGGUGGUGACAUCCUAUGCCAGCCAGAUGCAUUUCUCUGUUCUGUCCACGAUGUGAAGGUCGUAAACACUGUUUACCAGAGACAUAGAGCUAGAAACAUUGCUGCGGCUGGCGUUGAGGGGUUUCUGAGACAAAGGCUAUCUGGCCAGGGUCUCGCAUUUAUCAUUGCAGGUGGCUCUGCUGUACAGAAAAACCUGGAGGUGGGAGAAGUUCUCACCAUUGACGUUUCUUGCAUCGCCGCACUCACUCCCUCGAUCAAUUUCCGUAUCAAAUACCAUUCGCCAUCUGUAAGACGGGCAGUGUUUGGGGGUGAUAACAUAGUAACAGCGACCCUGACGGGACCAGGCAUUGUGUUCAUCCAAAGUCUACCGUUUCAUCGGCUCUCCCAGCGAAUCGCAAGGUCGGUGACGUCCCCAAACAUGAGAGAAAAUCCAAGGUUAUUGGUUCAGAUAGGAUUAUUCUUAUUCCUUGCAUACGUUGUGAUUGCAUCUUCUUUGAUCCUUACCGAAAUGUGAAAACUUAGAGAGGGUUUCUUCUGUUCGGUUGCAGAAACUAGUGUUGUUGCAGUAGAUUGGUCAUGUGUAACAAAAUAUUUUUUAAAUGCUUUGGUAGUGGAUGUUUUAAGGCAAACAGAAACUGUCUGAAAGAGAGCAAUGAAUAAUAGUUGCUCAGGCUUGAGCAAAUAUUUACAUAAAAUAUCAUAGCGG